AUGAUCCCCCCCAGCGUUAGCUCUCAGGAGCCCCAGCAGCUUCCUCGGGAGCACUGGACCUUUCUCCCCAAACUCCCUCUGUUCUCAGGGCCGACCGUUCCAACCACUGGACGCCGUUUUUUCAAACAUUCUCCGACUACCAUCCUGAAGCUUGAAACUGACGACGGUGAAGGCAUUAUGACCGCGCUUGCCUAUUCCAUCUUGGGGCCCUGUGUCCCGCGCGUCGUCAGCGUCGUCACGGUCCCAAUAACAACCUCGGGCGUCUCGACGCUCAACCGCACCAAACAGGGCCUCGUCCUCACUCACCAGCCAGGCACGCCACUAGCCCAGCUCUGGCCUUCACUCACGCCUCCGCAGCGUGAGACCGUUAAGGCGGAGCUCUGCCGCCACCUCGUGCAUAUGCGUUCACGCCGCUUCUCCUACUACGGACGGCCCACGCAACAGCCAUACCUCCUCUUCUCAGAACUUGGCACAGAUAAAUUUGCAUGUUGCGCCUCUCGCAUAGAGUGGGACGACUCACGUGUGCGUGCGCUACAGGAACAUGCCCCGGACGCUGAACGUGCAGUCAAACUCGAGCGAGUACAGCGUGGCAUCGCCGGCGCAGGUGACUGGGACCGUCCUGUCCUCACACAUGGGGACUUAUCUGACCGGAAUAUCCUCGUGGACCCGGACACCCUCGCGCUGACAGGUUUUCUAGACUGGGAGAUGGCGAACAUCAUGCCCGCUUACUUUGAGUACGUCGCGGCACGACUGUCUGGGGGCCAUCAGCCUGCGUGGAGGAAGGAGUUGCUGGAUGUGCUGAGGUCUGUUUUGCGCUGUGAGUGCGAUACUGGGCGCUGGGAAGACCUGGGUGUUGUGAAUUUUGAUGAAGGAUACGAUAGAUAUAGGAGGACGUUGGCGGCGUGGGAUGCUGUUGUUGAUGUUGAGAGAAUCGCGCAGGGAUAUGAUGAUGAUUGUGAAUGGACUUUUGAUCGCUGA